AUGGAAGUUCAAGAGCGACGAAACAGCAACGUCGAUAGUGGCAAGUCGAGUUUGAUUGGAACAUUGAUUAAAGGCGAUCUGGACGAUGGACGUGGUUUGUCUCGUCAGGCUAUUUUUCGUCAUAAACAUGAGGUUGAAUCGGGACGUACAAGCAGCGUGGCAACUGCAUAUUUGGGCUUUGACGACUCUGGAGAACAGAUUUUAUCCAAGAGAGCAGGAAAGCUCAUUCCAUGGGCAGAAUUAGCCAAGAUUGCACAUAAACGAGUUCAAUUAAUUGAUCUAGCAGGGCACGAGAAGUAUCUGAAGACGACGGUUUUUGGGUUAACUGGUAUGCAACCAGAUGUCGUCGUAGUCGUGGUAGGAGCAAACAUGGGCGUUAAACGGAUGACGAAGGAGCAUUUGGCGAUUGCAGUUGCACUUGAGAUCCCUAUUGUCGUAGCGCUUACGAAGAUUGAUAUUGCCCCGAAGAAUGUGGCAAAGGAAACGUUGGCAAUAGUUCGUCAGAUUCUACGACGCUAUGGAAAGAUGGCGAUGUUAGUAAAGACGACGGAGCAGGCUAUGACAGCUGCCAAGGGCAUACCGUCGAACCGCGUGACGCCUAUUUUGCCGAUUUCGAAUGUCACGGGGGACGGAUUGGAGAACUUGCGCCGGAUAUUGUACGAGACGUCACCGUCUGCAUUGUUUAAAGCGGGUCUGUCUGCCUCGACUUUGGCAACAACCAAGUCAAUCAACCAAGAAGAAAGCAUUACAAUACAAACGCCAACUGAUACAGGUGAUCUAAAGAAGACUAUAGCGGUGAACAAUGUGAUUGAAAUGCCGAUUGAUGAAACGUAUCAAGUCCCAGGUGUUGGAUUCAUUUUGGCGGGGACAUUAGUGACAGGAAGUUUCAAGGUUAAUGACGUCUUGCAGAUCGGACCCGACUACAGCGGUAAUUUUUACAAGGUUACUGUGCGCAGCAUGGAAUCAAUGUACAUGCCUUUAAAGGAGCUCGUCUCGGGACAAACUGCGGCUCUUGCUGUCCGAUCAAUCAACAAAAAGUUUGUGCUAAGCCGGUUAACUUUUCGCAAGGGUAUGAUUUUGCUGAGCCCCGAAAUCAAGGUGAGCGACUAUGUGUCGCGGGUGUUUGAGGCUCGGGUGGUGAUACUGCACCACCAGACUACCGUCACCGUUGGCUACCAGCCGAUGGUCAAUUGCCGGACGAUUCGGCAAACUGCAGAGAUCAUUUCGAUCCAAUCGGACCAGGACGUUAUCCGUACAGGAGACCGAGCACUUGUGCGCUUUCGAUUCAUCCAUGCGCCCGAGUUUUUGAAAAAGGGCAUGCGCUUUGUGUUUCGCGAUGGUCAAGCAAAAGGAAUUGGUAAGGUUGUUUCUAUAGUUCCUACCGAGCAGUGUGAGACGGUGUAA